UCUUGCGUAGGGACGCCAGGUUCGCGCGCCCCGUGCUCUCGUCAGCUGCAGUGAGGUGCACUGAAAUGUCUGAGCAGCUGAGGGAGAACUCAGCAGGAAUUUCUGUCUCAGUGGUCUUGUUUCCUGCGUAACUCACAUUUUUUGCGUGGAAUACCGGCAAUUUUCACCUUUCCCAUUGUGGCUGGGUAGCUGGCUACGACUUUUUUGAUAUGGCAUGUACAGGAGAAACAUGGAACUUAUUCCAACGUGGAAAAUAACGUGGGUUUUAAAUCUCAUCGACAUCGCCCACUGCUGGCUUCUCCCUCUGCCUUGUUUGGGAUAGCAGCACUCAGCCACACAGAUUGUAGUCUAGCUUGAUAUCGCUACAGCUGUGUGAAUAGAUAGUCAGUUUGCAAGAUAGCUAGGCGCAUUUCUCGCCGAAAUUAUUUGGAGAAACAGUUUUAUUUUUUAGUCUGAUCGGGCAUCUUUCCAGACAAAAAUAUAACGCGGAACGGUCUUAUUCAGGUUUCACUCAAGGUAGCUGGUUAGAUAGCCGGCUAGCUAGCUGCCCAGUCCGUCAAUCUAGCUAGCUAGCUGGCUAGCAAGGUUGUGUUGGAAAAUGGAGGCGGUUAUUGAAAAAGAAUGCAGUGCGCUUGGAGGACUUUUUCAGACCAUAAUCGGCGACAUGAAGAGCAGCUACCCAGUCUGGGAGGAUUUUAUCAGCAAGGCUGGGAAGCUGCAGUCCCAGCUCAGAGCCACCAUGGUAGCUGCCGCCGCCUUCCUGGACGCCUUUCAGAAAGUAGCGGACCUGGCGACCGGCGCACGAGGCGGCACCAGGGACAUCGGCUCGGCCCUCACCAGGAUGUGCAUGCGUCACCGGAGCAUCGAGUCCAAGCUGCGGCAGGUCUCCAUGGCUUUCAUGGACUGCCUGAUCAACCCCCUGCAGGACCAGAUGGAGGAGUGGAAGAGGGCUGCCAACACACUGGAUAAGGACCAUGCCAAAGAGUACAAGAAAGCGCGGCAGGAGAUCAAGAAGAAGUCCUCCGACACGCUGAAGCUGCAGAAGAAGGCGAAGAAAGUAGAUGCUCUGGGGAGGGGGGACAUCCAGCCGCAGCUGGAUAGCGCCAUGCAGGACGUGAGCGACAUGUACCUGCUGCUGGAGGAGACGGAGAAGCAGGCGGUGCGGAAGGCCCUCAUCGAGGAGAGGUCCCGUUUCUGCACCUUCGUGUCCAUGCUCCGUCCGAUCGUGGAUGAGGAGGUGUCCAUGCUGGGGGAGAUCACUCACCUGCAGACCAUCGCUGAUGACCUGAAGGCCCUCACCAUGGACCCCCAUAAGCUGCCGCCCACCAGCGAGCAGGUUAUUCUUGAUCUGAAAAGCUCCGACUGCACCUGGUCUUACCAGACCCCGCCCUCCUCUCCCAGCACCACCAUGUCCAGGAAGUCCAGCAUGUGCAGCAGUCUGAACAGCGUAAACAGUAGCGACUCCCGGUCCAGCGGGUCGCACACUCACUCUCCCUCCUCACACUAUCGCUACCGCAGCUCCGCCCUGCCCCAGCAGGCCCCCGCCCGCCUCUCCAGCGUCUCCUCCCACGACUCGGGCUUCAUCUCGCAGGACGCCUACCAGUCCAAGUCCCCCUCGCCCAUGCCCCCCGAGGCCGUCCCUCAGGCCUCCUCCAGCUCCGCCUCCUCCGACGCCUCUGAGACCUGCCAGACUGUGAGCGAGUGCAGCUCCCCCACCUCCCCCACCUCAGUGGGCUCCGGCACCACCAUGGCUGGGGCCUCUGUGGACAAGUUGACAAACGGUUACGAUCACUACGGACCCGCCGAACCGCCCUACCUGGCGGGAGUGGGCUCUUCGGAGCCUCUUCCCCAUUACCCUCCCCCUUCCUCAUCCUCUUCAUCCUCCUCACCCUCGCGGGCGUGGUCCCGGCCCGCCUGCGCCCCGCUUGCCGAUUAUCCGCUGUAUUGCACCCUGGGGCCGGGCAUGGUCCCCUCCUCCAAAGUCCCCACCUGGAAGGAUUGGGCCAAGCCAGGGCCCUAUGACCAGCCCAUGGUGAACACCUUGAGGAGAAACAAGGGGAAGCAUGAUUCGGUGGACUCCAGUGGCACCGUCAUGCAGACUGAAGGGACCACGCCCACCGGGGAGGACCCCCAGAGGGCUCGUGGCAUGCCCAUAACUGCCACGCCCAAGGCGGAGGAGGCGGCGGCGGAGGCGCACGAGGAGCUGGCGCUGGCCCUGGCGCGGGGGCUCCAGCUGGACACCCAGCGCUCCAGCCGCGACUCCCUGCAGUGCUCCAGCGGCUACAGCACCCAGACCACCACCCCCUGCUGCUCCGAGGACACCAUCCCCUCUCAAAUGUCUGACUACGACUACUUCUCAGUGGGCGCGGAUCCGGAGGUGGACCAGCAGGACUUUGACAAGUCGUCCACCAUCCCGCGCAACAGCGACAUCAGCCAGUCCUACCGCAAGAUGUUCCAGUCCAAACGCCCGGCCUCCACGGCGGGCAUCCCGUCCACGGCGGGGCCCGUCAUCGUCACCCCGGGCGUGGCCACCAUCCGCCGCACGCCCUCCACCAAACCCGCCAUGCGGCGGGGGGCGGGAGUAGGCGGGCCCAUCCCCAUCCGGACCCCCGUCAUCCCGGUGAAGACCCCCACCGUGCCCGAGCUGCCGGGCGGCUUCCCCUGCGGGCUCGGGGGCGGAGUCGAGGAGGGGGAGGAGCCUCCCAGCCCGGAGCGCCGCACCCCCGGGGAGCCCGUGGCCACCUGGAGCGGCCAGGCCUCCACCAACCCGCCCCUGGCCCCGCCCCAGCCCCGGCCCGGUGAGGCCGAGGAGGACGAGGAGCCCCCGCUGGAGGGGGGGCCGGACUCCCUGGAGGGAGAGGACAUGCUCCUGACCAUCCGCAGGGGGGUCAGGCUCAAGAGGACCCUGACCAACGACCGGUCCGCCCCGCGCAUCGCCUGAAGGCCGCCGCCGCUCCCCCAGCCCGAGACGCUCGCACGGCUUCCCCAGGGCCGUCUCCAUUCCAGUACACGUGCCGCAGAAGAAGAAAAAAGAAUGGCUUCCCCUUCCCCCCCCCAAUAAUUGUUUAUUGUUUGAGGACAUGCUGUGCUGUGGAGUUCUGGAGAACCAGGAGGGGAGAGACGAGCCACUUUCAACAUGGUGGAAAGUUUAAGAUCAAAUCUUUUUUGUGUUUGCAUCUGUACAUACGUUUUAGAACCAUUCUUAUCUUUGGUUGAUGUCACUAUACUCGCUCCUCCUUCCUCCCUGGCUCGUACACAGAGGUGCCAAAUGCUUAGAAGCUGCUGAAGACGACUGAACUCCUGAAACCUCCCGAGAGCAUUUAUUUUCAGGGAGGUUUGUCGCAGAAUUCUGCGACAGCAGCAGCGUAAACACUCGCUAGAGUAUGAACCGAUCGAUCGAUUCGCUUUUUAUUUUUUACUUUCCAAGUGUAUUCGACAGACAAGCUCGGUAGCAUCAAGUACUCAGCAUUAGAGGGUACUCAUUUCCGAGAGCUGACGUCUCAAUAAGUUAAUGGUGAGCAAUAUUAUUUGGUUACACGUUUAAUUUGAUUAAUAUGUACACUUCCCGACUAGACAGGACAAUUUAAGAUGCUGUUUAAAUAUAGAAAUUAAUCUGGGCCUAAAAGCUAAUCUCCUGUAAGUUGUAGGAAGGUACAUAAAUAAGCAAUGUUGAAAAGAGAAAAAUGCCAUAUUUGGAUUAUGGUAUGUUAUUUUAAGAGAUUCUGCUUAUUUUAUAGACUUUAUAGUUCCAUGAACAAUGGAUUACAGGUCCUGCUGCAGCAGUAUUUAUAAGUUGAUUCUUAAACCCCUCGAGCUUGAAAAACGCAGUGUAUCUGUUAUAUCCUUCCUAUGAAGAGGAUAUCUAACUUAUGACAAAGCAAUUUAUGUGUAGACAAGUAUAUUCGUAAGCAAUCGCAGUAGUUCUUUAAAAGUCAACCGUAACCAAAAUUUGGUUUCGUUCAAAGCACUGAUACGGAGCCGUCUAUAAAAAAAACUGUACAUAGUGAAUGGGACUGAGGAAUUCAGAGGCUUAAUUUAUUCUCUUCAUGGCUGUCUUAUUUUGUACUGUUCACAAAUGAUAUUAGCUCUUUCAUGCAUGUGCUGUAAUUCUGGUAAAUUGAGUUCAUAUAAUUUGAGGUUUGAGGUGUUCCAUAACGCUGUACAGAAAAGCACGCCCAGACCUCCUGCCUCGUCGCUUUCCGCGUUUUUUGAGUAUUAGCUGCAGAUGCUUUUGUAUCCUAACGGACUGAACGAGACCUGAGCGUGGGUCUGUCUUAUUUACGGGGGGGUGAGCUCGGGCUUGCUGGAGACUGGCGGCCAUUAUCGCCGUCUGUCGCACGACUCUUUGGUCAUUUCAGACCUUACACCACUGUUAAAUUCUCCGAUAACGUGUGCACACUGACCCAGCCUGUCGAGCUGUCUGAGCCCAGAUAUUACAGCACACAAAUACACAGACACACACACACACACACACACACACUCUCACUUGACUGUUAAAUUUAUGUGAAAUUCCUCUACUGUGAAGCUCAACUGCCACGGCUACUCAGGAGCCUAAUGAGUGACUUGAGACAAGCCAGGAGGGAACUCCUGAUGCAUGACAUCACACACGCAGUCAUAGCUCAACAGCCAGAGCCACCCAAGAGCAUGCUUACAAUUCAGCAAUACACUGUGGGCUGCACUGUGUUUCCUCUCACGUUGUCAAAUGUUAGUUUAACACAAAACUGUACAGUGUUGUUUGUCCCUUGCCAAGUCUGCAAGCGCUGUAGCGGUUAGAUCCUCCACCUCCACAUAGCUACUACUCCGGUUACCACAGUCCUUGCUCCAACAUUGAAUGUGUGAGCAGGGAUGUGACCGUUAAGGUGAAAGGUUACUCGUCUCCCAAGCUGUCAAGGUGGGGUGUGAGCGAGCAUUGAUCGAGGAUAGCCGUCGGCACCGUUCUGUAAAAUUUCAUAAGUGCGGGAAAAGAAGCAAGGGAGUCAGUCACAGGAACCAGCUCGCCAUGAAACACUCGAGCAUCUCAAAUGCCACGACCGCAGAGAAUUUCUCAUUUUCAUUCAUUUAGUCAGGAGCCCUGGUGUGGUCAUUUCAUGCAUGUUGUCCAUGAACUAGAUAAGCUUGGAGGGUGGAAUGGAGUAAGAGGGAAGUGCCACUGCCCUGCUCACUAUACAGCCUAUCGACAGCCUGCAACUUACCGCACGUCGCUUCUUUACGCACCAGUGUUCAUUUUAUUUUUUCCACAGCAAAGUUUAACACGGUUAGGUAUUCCUCAAGCCCCCGGUUUGAGAAAUGAUCAGUAUACAGAGCAGUUACUGAAGCCUGUCAGUUUCUCAUUCAAGACUGGCUUCUAAAAUCGUGUACAUUCAAAGUAGUUGAUGCAAUGCGCAUAUGAUGCUAAAUACCUGUAAGUAGUUUCUGUCUCAAUAAUUACAGACGUUUUGAUAUUGUCCGUGUAAAGGAACCUUAGCUGUAAUGAAACCAUUUUCCCUCCGAGUACAGCCGUUAAUGUUGAGAUAUAACUUCAAACCAUAUCUAUAGAGGUUUCCUUUUUUUAAUUUGCCAAAAUGUAAGUGUGUAAGGCAAUAUUAAUAGUUUUAAGUGUUUUUGCAUAUUGUAAAAGCAGACAGUCACACUUAACAUAUAUAUUAGUUCUUUUAUCAAGGAUUUAGUUGCUUGUUCGGACUGAGAGUUGAACUCUUUUCCCUGUGCGGUCCUCUUAAAGCUAUAUAUUGAUCUGUUUCUGUAAUGUCAGUUCUCCCUGUGGAAUUAUUGCUUAAGUCAAUAUUAAAGAAAUGUUGCAAAA